AUGGAUUUCCCCUAUCACACACAUCUGCCAAAACAUUCCCGUCAGACAGAAUCGCAGCGACGUUCGACAUCCUGUAGACGACAGAAAAGUCUAUCUCCCACUCUCGACGAUCCGCCCAGUCCUUCAACCUCACCGCGCUUGUCUCCCCGAAUGCCGCCACGACCAGCAGGCUCCAUUCUCACACGAAAAAAUUGGUUGAUUCGCAUCAACUCUCAUCCACUCGAACCACUACCUAUUCCUGUUUCUCCGGGCAGAGAAACAAAAUCUCCUUUUGUCCCGCCACCCUUAAAAAGAACGCAGCGUAUAGUCUUUGUGCCCGAAUCUCAGCUCGGGCUAAUGGUUGGGCAGAAAAAGGCUAGACGUCUUGUGACUGAAGACUUGAACGAGAAAUGCCUACAGCGACCGAAGAAGAUUAGUUUUUCGAACGUUAAUGAAAUAAUUGGAACGCAGGUAGCUGACGAUAGCGACAGUGAAUCAACAAUUCUUGUUGAUGAUAAGGACGAUGAUGAGACAUGGUAUGACUGUAGUGAUGAUCUUGGAGAGUGUCAAAACAAUCGGGGUUAUAAUCAAAAUGCUAUCGCGGAAAUGAAGAUGACUGAUUUGGAAAAAAGAAAAUAUGAGAGAUUAUGUGAUGGGAGGAGUAUAAAUGGGAGGAGCAUAAAUGGAAGAAGGGCGAUGAAUGGCGGGAUGAUGAAAGGAAAUAAUACGAAUAUAGAAAGAGUGAAUUGGGAGAGAGCGAAUGGGGAGCGGGUUAAUGGAGAGCGAGUUAAUGGGAAGAGCGUGAAUGGGGAAAGCUCGAAGAUAGAGAGCAUUAAUACAGAGAGCGUGAAUGGAGAGAGCCUGAACGGAGAGGGUGAAGAAGGGACUGUCGAUUGGUUUACGCAGAAAUUUUUUGGUUGGUUUACGGGCCAAAAACGAAGAUUGGAUGACGAGAACGAGUGUGAUGGUUCAACUACUAAAAAAGUAUGUAAGCGUGGUAAUGGGUAUAUAUGUGAUGCGGAUCAACAAUAA